AUGAAGUCUGCUGAAACAGAAAUUUCUGUCUCAAGACUUGACAUACCUGUUGGCCUCAUCAAAAAAGUUCAGAAGCACCCAAAUGCAGAUUCACUCUAUGUUGAAGAAAUUGAUGUUGAGUUAGUUGAUCCACCAUCAUCAGCCAAGGUUGGUGAACGAGUGACCUUUCUCGGAUACUCAGGCGAACCAGACAGCGUCUUAAACGCCAAGAGCAAAGUUUGGGAGAAGCUGCAGGUUGAUCUGCAGUCUAAUAAAGUGCUGGUUGCCUGUUAUAAGGAUGUGCCUUUCACAACAUCUGCUGGUGUUUGUAAAGUUUCGUCUAUCACAAAUGGAGCCAUAAGGUAG